AUGGUCAAGGUCAGCAGCACCGUUUCGUCCUCGCGACGCAAGAGCCGCGCCGCUCACUAUAAGGCGCCCUCCAGCCAGCGCCGUGUCAUCAUGAGCGCCCCUCUCAGCAAGGAGCUGCGCGAGAAGUACAACGUCCGCAGCAUCCCCGUCCGCAAGGACGACGAGGUCACCAUCGUCCGUGGCUCCAACAAGGGCCGCGAGGGCAAGGUCACCUCCGUCUACCGUCUCAAAUACGUCAUCCACGUCGAGCGCGUCACCCGCGACAAGGCCUCCGGCCAGUCCGUCCCCCUGGGCAUCCACCCCUCCAACGUGGUCAUCACCAAGCUCAAGCUCGACAAGGACCGUGAGGACAUCCUGGCUCGCUCCAAGGUCGGCCGUGAGCUGAGCGCCAACAACAAGGUCUCUGCUUAA